AUGGAUGAACACCCAUCCCUGCUUUUAUUGAUUCCCGCGCAUGGACUGGAGCUGGAGCUAGUUGAGGGCGAAGAGGCUGAUGAUGACCACACAGCCGACGACGACACGAGCAACUCUGGCCAGGAGCUCCAGGCAGCAGCCAUGAACGAGGACAACACCCAUCCGGGCACUAUAACGACACUAACUAAUAUGAACAGAAGAACUGGGGACCGGCCCUUACCGCCGGCGAAGACGCCGGAGACGAAGGGGGAGGGGGCCGGAGACUGGCAGUACUCUCAACGCUCUCUCCUCGCAGCACGGAAAACACUGCUCUGGUUGGAAACUGUAGCCGGCGACGAUGGAUGCACAGCCGGCGACGGCAGAUGCGCAGCCAACGAUGGAGUCCGUGGCAUCCAUGACGCUGGUGCCACAGGAGGAGAGAGGGGUGGCGGGGGCAGCCCCCUCCCCCUCACCACCGGCGAGUCGCCGGAGGAGCAGAGGGAGGGGGCCUCGGGGAUGCUCGCAAGAACUUACCCUAGUGGCUCAGUUUGUGGUGGAUCUGGAUUGGAGCUGAGGGAAGGGAAGGAGAGGGAAGGGGAUGAUGCAUCGGUAGAUCAAACGAGUAUCUAUCAAUCACAGAUGUGGAGAUGUGGAGUGGAUUUGGAGAUAAUCUGGAUUCAAGGUGAGUGGGGAUCUGAUUGGAGAGGAAGAAGAGGGAAGGAGGGGGAGAGAGAGAGGAGGGUAGGUGCCGCGGCAGUCCGCCCAUGA